CAUCUGGAGAUUCAACUUCGUAGUCUUCUUCGGUUGUGUGGACGGGCAAGUUGCUUCGUUCAUCAAUGGACCUCCGGUUACCUGCUGUUAGAAAGUUAUAGUUAAAACUAAUAUAGUUCGUAUAAUAUUACACAUAAAAGUGUUGUAUAUCCACGAGUAUCAAAGGUUCAAGGAUCCACGUACAUAACCUACAAAUAUUUAAGAUGUCUCACGAUCAUUCGAUGCACAGCAUGAAUUCCUCCGGCGGACACGCUGGGAUGGAUCAUAAUCAUCAUGUUGGUAUGGAUCAUUCUACUAUGGAUCACUCAACUAUGGAUCACUCAACCAUGCAUCAUUCACCAAUGGGCCAUGAUCAUGCUGCCAUGGCUGCGGGUGAACACGCUGCUGCCAGUGCUGAUGAUGCUUGCAGUGGUGGUCACACGAUGCAUGGAAUGGCGAUGGCCUUCCAUGGCGGUUAUUGCGAAACCGUUCUCUUCGAUUCCUGGAAAGUAUCUUCUAUAGGAAGUCUUCUCGGCUCAAUGAUUGGAAUUAUCAUUAUGGCAGCUCUUUACGAAGGGUUGAAGUAUUAUCGUGAAUAUCUAUUCUGGAGGACGUACAAUGCGCUUCAGUACCGGAGCGUUUCAAUGCCUCCGGAGAAAAACGUCGUUUCAGAAGACAACAGAGUCGUACAUAUGGUCGGAGAAGUGAUUCACAAACAACCGCCAACAAUGCUGUCUUGGAUGCACUUGUUCCAAACGUUUCUCCACAUCGUACAAAUAAUCAUAUCGUACUUCCUUAUGUUGAUCUUCAUGACAUACAAUGUAUGGUUGUGCUUUGCCGUUGUCCUCGGUGCCGCAAUCGGUUACUUCCUUUUUGGAUGGAAAAAAUCUGUAAUCGUAGAUGUUACGGAACACUGCCACUGAAGUCGUUGAAAUUAGAUAGUAUUUUCCCCCGUAUGUCACGGCACAAUUGUUGUAUAAUUACGAAAUGAAAAUCAACAACAUCAAUAAUAACAAAACAUAGUAACAGAAAUUGUUUUAUACUGAAUUGAUUUAACUUGCAUUGACCACGAGAUAUACAAUGUGUAUACAUAUAGUCACUUCCAUGAUUAUAACUAUGCAAAGUGCUAAUUAAAAAGUUACAAGUAUAUAGGACGCUCAUCGAGAUAUCGUAUCAAUUUUUAUAUGAGGUACAGGUCUCAGUUUUCAAGACGAAAAGGUCUGAUAAUGCCGAUGAAUAACAUGUAAAAUAUAUUUCCUUGGAAACAAAAGUAUCGACUGAAAUCUUGUUGAGAUCACCUAUAUUCAUAAUUUAUCAAUCAUGUACAUAUAUUAACUACUAGGAUCUUGAAGUAUCUAGAUCACACAUACGCAUACAUGUAUAUGUACAUAUGUGUAUACUUAUAUUAAGGUGUGAAUCUGAAAUCAGAGAAAGUACGCUAUUUUGAAAAAAAAAUUCUUUCAUUUUGAGAUAUUAUUCUCUUUAUUUUUCCUUAUUUUUAACCUAAAUUUAUUGCUGAAAAGUUAUUAUAGUCUGUGGAGUAUGUAAUAUAUGCUGAGAAGCUCAUGAACGUUAAGGUGACAAUAAAAUUAUCAUCUGUUGAAAA